AUUCUAUCCAAACUUUGUGGCCUGGUAAUAGAAAUUUUGGACCAGAGAAAUCAUUUUUAUCUGAAGGACUGAGUUUUUCCUCCAUACGUCUCAUCUGCAAACUGCACUAGAGAAAAAAUUGAGCAUCAUUAUGGAUUCGAUGCUGGUUUUUUCUAGCAUUAUAAUAGUUAUUUUACUGGCUAUUUCACUCCAAGUUCUUUUCUUCUCACCAAUAUCUCCUGAAAUUCUAGAAAUUCCUUUUGCCUCUAAAACCUUCACCACUGCAUUUACAUCAAACAGCUAUUUGCAGAGCGUAAGUAAACUUGGAGAAGGGUUUCUAGAUAGACCAGAAGAUGUGGCAAUGGACAAAAUGGGAAUUUUAUAUACAGCUACUAGAGAUGGUUGGAUCAAAAGAAAGCACAAUAAUGGAACUUGGGAGAACUGGAAGUAUAUUGGGCGUGGUACAUUACUAGGACUUACAGUAUCAUCUGCUGGCCAUAUCAUAGUUUGUGAUGCAGAAGAGGGGUUGCUUAAGGUUAGUGAAGAUGGCGCAAGUGUUCUUGCCUCACAUGUCAAUGGUGAAAAAAUUAGAUUUGCAGAUGAUGUGGUGGAAGCAUCAGAUGGGAGUCUAUACUUCAGUGUUGUAAGCACAAAAUUUGGACUCCAUGAAUGGUACCUCGACGUGCUCGAGGCCAAGCCCCAUGGUCAGCUCCUCAAAUAUAAUCCUUCGCUUAACCAGACAUCUGUAAUUCUUGAUAACUUGGCCUUUGCAAAUGGGGUCACUCUCUCUGCAGAUGAAGAUUACUUAAUUGUAUGCGAAUCCUGGAAAUUUAGGUGCCUGAAAUAUUGGUUGAAAGAGGAAAUCAAAGGACAAACAGAUAUCUUUGUCGAUAAUCUUCCUGGUGCACCUGAUAACAUCAAGCUUGCUCCAGAUGGUUCGUUCUGGAUUGCUGUACUAGAGUUAACACCUCCAAGGCUAAAUUUCAUACACUCGUCAAGAGCUUCAAAACAUUUGCUGGCAGCUUUCCCCAAAUUGAUAAACUGGGUGAACGGAGCAUACCACAAAGCUAUGGUAGUGAAUGUGGCAGCUGAUGGAAAGAUAACUAAAGGAUUUGAUGAUCCAACUGGAAAGGUUAUGUCAUUUGUGACAUCUGUGUUAGAGCAUGAGGAUCAUCUAUAUUUAGGAAGUCUCAACUGUGACUUCAUAGGAAAGUUACCACUGACAACCUCAACUGUCUAGCCAUUACUAGCUCACAUUGUGGUCUACAAAUUGUACGUCUUGAUUCCAAGAAUAUAUGCCUAGCAAAUUUAAGAAA